GUAUCAUUCUUCUAUCACCUGCCAAUUACUAUGUCUACCUAUACUCUCCGCCAUUUUCCAAUCCAAGCCCGUCCUGAAACCUGCCGUGCAUUGCUAAGUUACGAUGGUGGGGAUUAUACCAGCGAACACCCUGUCUGGCCGAUGGAAAAGUCAAAGCAACCGUUUGGGAAAGUUCCUGUGCUGAUUGAGACCGACGCAUCGGGAAAUGUAUUCCAACUCAGCGAUUCUAUGGCGAUUGAGCACUACUUGGCAACAAAGAAAGGUUUGAUGGUUGAUUCCAGUCCGCAGGACCGCGCCCGCCAGGAUGAGCUGCGCAGCCAGAUCCUAGACAUUUUUCUUUUCGCACCGCAGUAUCGUUUUGCCACUGAGGAGGCACGCAAGACUAUCAAAGAGCAGUAUGUCACCCAAGCCAAGUUCUUUAUCGAUUUCCAUGAGAGCCACCUCAAGAACAACGGCUCCAACGGGUACUAUUUUGGCAGCAAGAUCACCUAUGUGGAUAUCGCACUUGUGGCUACCAUGAGAGCGCUGCGUAGGUUCGGCGAUGAAAGCAUGCCAGGGAUGACCGGAUAUCUUUCACCAGAGAGGACACCCCUGAUCAACAAGGUUCUUGAUGUGGUGGGCAAUGAUCCGAAGCUUGCAAAAUUCUUUAGCGAGCCUCGUGUCAAGCCUGCCGUUCUGUAGCAUGUGUACUUUGUAUUGGUUGGCGAUAAUAGGAUGCUCGCAACAAGCGGUGUUGAC